CAGGAGUACAGUGAGGGCGCUAAAAGACAGUGCCGGUUCCUGAAUAAGCAGGGUACCUAAAGUAGUAGCCCCCCACUCCAAAUUCACGCGCCGCUUAUUACCUUAUCGUUCAGCUGGAAGCCCAAGCUCGACGUGUAAAGAUGCGCAGACCUACACAAACGUCAUAGUUCGGCAGUCAUCACUUUUACCGUUUUUUUUUACCUUGACUUGGCUGACAUCUUAAAGCUUCCAGCAGUUUCCUCCGCGGUUCUCAACUUAAUUUCCCUCCAGAAGAGAUGUCAGGUUGGUCUUGGUCGCCUAGACAGGCCAUGCUGCAAAUGAGCCAGCCAGAGAUAAAUCGCCAACCACGUCCUAAUGUUCCGCCCCAGAGCCUACCAAGCAUACCAGCUCUCAACCUGCGUCAUCCACCUGCUCCAAACCUAGCCCUGCCUGUGUAUAACCAUCAGCCUGUCUAUAAUAAGCCUGGUCCUCUGUCUGUUUCCAACAACCCUGCGCCUCCUCCUGUUCCUGGUCCCAUCCCCAACAACUCAACUUCUCCUGUCUACUACAACCCACCACCACCAUUUGUUCCACACACAUCCGGGGCUCAAGCACCAGGCGGUCCACCUCCGCUUACGAAUAGCUCACCUAUGGCAAGAGGAACGCCUUCUGGAGCACCGCCAAUCCCGAUUCCGUCUCCAGCUCCAGCUCCAGCUACGACAACCACCAGCUCUAGGAAGCGCAAGUCUGAUGUUACUCCCGACAACACCCAAGAGGAUCUUUUUCCAGACAAUGUGCCGGACAUAGACAGCGAAGAUGAACGCCUAGAUCUUCAUGACUCAGAGACUUGCAAUGCCAUUCGUCGUAAGAUUCGUAACUGGAUCGAUUCAGGCGCUCAAAAAGUUGGCGAGUUUCAGAAAACCAUUGGAGUCAGUGGCAAAUCCUACAAUAGCUUUAUGAAUCGAACUGGCACAUGGGAUGGCGAAAACACCGAUACUUACAUCAAAGCCCAUCGCUUCUUCAAAAAGCGUGAGCUUCAGGGGCUCCCCCUUAAGGCCAACAAGCCUAAGAAAGCAAAGACAGCAGCUUCCGCCAAGGCCCUUGAGGAAGCCCUUGAUGUGAGCAACGUUGACCCCCUUCCUGGUGAGGCGGACGGAACAGUUCCCAUAUACGACACCUGCGACGAGAUCCGCAAGAAGAUUCGACCUAUACUAGCCAAGGAGGGAAUGACUCAGGCAGCUUUCAUCCGCGCUCUCAACAAGAACCUCCCCGAAGGAAAAAGUGUGUCCCCGGCCAAUAUGCGGUACUUCAUGGGCCGAAAGGGAGUCCGCGACGGCAACACCAAUAUCACUUUCUAUGCGGCCUAUGUUUUCUUCGAAAAGAAGCGUAUUCAGGCCGGCAAACCCAAGACUCAAUUCCGUGAAAAGAUGGAGAAGGCAUGGGGCAGCAAAGGCUUUGAUAUUGAGCAUGGGGCUAACCAACAGUACACUUGUUUUGCUGGUGAAGAGCCGGUGGUGGACGAGUUCGGCAAAAUUGACUUUGUUGUAACAGGACGACGUAGGUGAGAAAGAUGUAUUUGAUCAUUGAAAGAAGAGGAGGAAACAUAAAAAGGGGGGCAAAUUCAAAUCUGUUCAUGUUGUCUGAUACCAUAGCAUUUGAACUGAUUUGGGCGUGGUAUCUAGAUAAACAGAUGUUUAUAUGGGAAAGAGAAUAGCAGAAGGGCGUGUCUGACGGAUUUGGUUCUAAUCUAUAUCUAGCAAAGGAAAAG